AGCACCUUAUUAUACUAUUUUCUGUAUGAGUGAGAGGGAAGGAGGGACUGGGGGGACGAGUAUGAAACCGGGCUGCCAAAUUCCGGAGAUUUAAUCGCUCAAAGCACCGAGAUCUUCCUCAGGUCGUGUAGUGUGAAACACAUUUGAAUCGAUAGUUACCUCUGUACACAUCCUAGCUUCUGUACCGCCUGGGAUGGCAGAACAGAACCCAUCAUCUGAUGUGGAGGGAACCACAAUGGCAAAUGGAUCUGGUUUGUCACCUGAAGGUAAGACUAGUGUUGUGGUUGAUUCUGAAAAGAAGGAAUGUGCAGGUAAAAACAAAGAAGUGGAAGAAACCACAAUGAUGAAUGGGUCUGGUCCACCAACUGAAGAUAAGAGUGUUGUGCCCAAUUCUGGUGAGCAUGGAAAUGAAGGUGAAAGCAUUGAAGAAGAGAAGCAUCUUGAAGAAAUGAUGGAUUCUGAUGAAAAGAAGCAGGGUGAAGAAAAUGGCAUAGCAAAAGAAGUAGACAUCGAAACUGCAGAUGUGAAUACUAUUAAAGCUGAAGAUGUGAAAAUGGUUGACGCAGAAGCUGAGAAUGCAAUGGAGCUUGAGAAUCUAAAGAUGGUUGAUGUAGAGGAUUUCAAAGAUGAGAAAGAAGUAGAAGGCAGGGAAGAGGAGGGAGGGGAAAAAGAAGCAAAAGAGGAGGAAGGAGGAGGAGAAGAUGAGGAAGAGGAGGGAGGGGAAGAAGAAACAAAAGAGGAUGAAGAAGGAAAAGAAGAUGGGGACGAGGAGGGAGGGGAACAAGAAGCAAAAGAAGAGAAAGUGGGAAAAGAAGGAGAAGAGGGGGAAGGGGAGGAAGGAUCAAAGGAGGAAGAAAAUAACAUGGAGGAAGGAGACAUUCAAAGUACUGAAAAGAAGAUUGAUGAGGACAAGGAAGAGGAAAAGUUGAAUAAAAAAAGAUCAAGGGGGCAAAAGGCUGAUAAAAAAGGAGAAGGAAAGGAGGGUGUGACAAAGGCCAGAAAUUCAUUGAGUAGUCCAGUGACUUCAUCUAUUGAACGCCCUGUCCGCGAGAGAAAAACAGUAGAGAGGUUGGUAGAAGUUAUUGAAAAAGAGCCAUCAAGAGAGUUUCAAGUUGAAAAGGGCCGUGGCACUCCAUUGAAGGACAUACCUAAUGUGGCCUACAAACUAGCAAGGAAGAAACCUGCGGAUAUAAAAUUGAUUCAUCAGACUCUUUUUGGAAGGAGAGGAAAGGCUGUGAAUUUCAAAAGUCAUAUUCUCCAGUUUUCUGGGUUUGUGUGGCAUGAAAGUGAUGAAAAACAGAGAGCUAAAAUGAAGGAGAAACUUGACAAGUAUGUAAAGGAUACUCUGCUGGACCUGUGUGACUUGUUUGAUUUACCUGUUUCCAAGGCCAACACCAGAAAGGAAGACCUUGUGGCAAAGCUGCUGGACUUCUUGGUUGCCCCUCAUCCUAUAGAUGAAGACGUACUUUCUGAUGACAAGCAAUCAAUGAAAUCUAGAAAGCGGAAGAGGGUGGCCAAAGGAAGUGGAUCAAAGAGUACGGAAGAUACACACAGCAAGCAAUCUAGGAAGAAACGGACCAGGCGUGAGGGCACACCGAGUGCAGAAGAAACGGAUAGUGAAGAUGAUGAUGUGGAUGACAUUAAGAAUGGUCCUUACACUGGCAAAAUAGGCAAGCAUUCUGAGAAUGAAUGUAAGGUAAGUGAGUCUGAAGAAGCAUCUGACGAAGAUGAACGUGAUGAAGAGGACUCAGGCGAGGACAAGCAGGAUAAGAAGAAGACCCCCAAACAAGGUUCUGUUGGUAAGGAAAAGAAGGUGGGGAGCAGCUCCAGGAAGGUUCCAACUCCAGCAACUACGAAGAGUCCUACUAAAUCAUCAUCUUCAAAACACUCAAAAGCUGAGAAUGAUGACAUAGGUGCAAAGGUUUUCUCCAGGAAGAGGAGAACUGUCAGUUCACCUCAGAGGAAAUCAACUCCUAGGUCAGAAAAAAAAGAAAAGGAUACUGGCAAAAAGGUUGCUAAAGGUAAAGCAAAAUCAGAGGCAGAGCAUCCAAGCAAAGAGGAACUGAGAAAGAAAAUAUGUGAAAUUUUGAAGGAAGUUGACUUUAACACGGCAACUUUUACCGACAUUUUGAAGCAACUAGCCGGCCACUACAAACUGGAUCUGACGCCAAGAAAAGCCUCUAUAAAGCUCCUGAUCCAAGAAGAGCUGACUAAACUAGCAGAGGCUGAAGAAGACGAGGACGACGAAGAUGAAGAGGAUGCCGAAAAGGAAGAAAAUCCAGAACCUACAGGCAAAAAGGUGGAAGCUUGAUUCAAGUGGACCUGGCAUGUAGAUGGGACUUGCCGGUUGGUUGGUUGGCUUUUAGGUUAGGUCACUUUGAUAUCCUUCUCUGCAGUUCAGUUCGGCAUGAAUUUUAAUGCACCUUCUUUGAUGCUGGACCUCUGUUCUACUCUUAGUUAUAUACCCAUGUAUUUAUGUCCGAGGUGUAGGUAGUCUCUUUCUGAUAAUGUGUGACUUCAGAUUAGUUAACUGGUUAUAUUUACUGGGAUUUGAUUGUAAACUAGGCAAUAUUUAUUA